CCAGCCACGAGGGAGGCUUUCAUCCACACCCCCGUUUCCGCAAAGCAUUAUUGUUUUGAAACUUCCACACAGUCAGUCCGUCACUCCUCUGAAUUCUGAACCUCUGGAUGUGCACUUCUCAUUGGUUUAGCUCUCCAUACACCCCUUUCCGAAGCAUUUCCGCCUUCAUAUUUUUGUUUCCGCGAAAGCCUGAGUUGCACGAAUUAGACAUUGCUGAACAGCGAGAUUUAUUUUUACAUCAGCGAGAAUCUUGAAAUCUGCAGUCAUGUCAGACCGGGGUUCUUUCGACACUAAUGUUGUUACUUUGACGAGAUUUCUGCUUGAAGAGGGCAGAAAAGCCAAAGGCACGGGUGAGCUGACGACCCUGCUGAACGCGAUGUGCACGGCUGUGAAAGCCAUCUCCAGCGCGGUCAGGAAAGCAGGGAUCGCGCACCUGUACGGCAUUGCUGGAGGUACAAAUGUGACGGGUGACCAGGUUAAGAAGCUGGACAUCCUUUCCAAUGACCUCGUCAUAAACAUGAUCAAAUCCUCAUUCACCUCAUGUGUGCUGGUCACUGAGGAACAUGAAAACGCAAUCAUUGUGGAGCCAGAUAGACGGGGUAAAUACGUUGUUUGCUUUGACCCUCUUGAUGGUUCAUCCAACAUUGACUGUCUUGCUUCGAUUGGGACCAUCUUUGCCAUCUACAGGAAGUGCACAGACAGUGAACCGUCUGAAAAGGAUGCCCUGCAACCUGGCAGAAACAUAGUGGCUGCUGGAUACGCACUAUACGGCAGUGCCACCAUGAUUGUCCUCUCCACUGGUAUGGGAGUCAACUGCUUCAUGUUAGAUCCAGCUAUUGGCGAGUUCAUUCUGGUCGACAGAGAUGUGAAGAUUAAGAAGAAAGGCAAGAUCUACAGUCUGAAUGAAGGUUAUGCCCUUUAUUUUGAUCCUGCUGUCACAGAGUACCUGCAGAAGAAAAAGUUUCCAGAGGAUGGCAGUGCGCCCUAUGGAGCGCGUUAUGUCGGCUCAAUGGUGGCAGAUGUGCAUCGAACGCUUGUUUACGGAGGAAUCUUCCUUUACCCUGCAAAUGAGAAGAGCCCUAAAGGAAAGCUCCGACUGCUCUACGAGUGCAACCCCAUGGCCUUCAUCAUGGAGCAGGCCGGAGGGAUGGCCACCACAGGGACCACCAACAUCCUGGACAUCCAGCCCGAGAGCCUCCAUCAGCGGGUACCUGUGGUCAUGGGUUCCCCUGAUGAUGUCCAAGAGUACAUCUCCAUCUUUCAGAAACAUCAUAAAUGAAAAGCAAUAGCCAGAAUGAGAAAAUAUAAAGAAGUUACAUAUACUUGACACUCCAAAAUAAGAUACCAAAGUACAUCUUACCUGUAUAUAUAAUCACUGUCCCUAAAACCAAAAGUUUAUAUACACUUUAUACCACCAUUAAUAAAUAUAAGAAGAAUUUU